GCGCUCUGGCGGCGGCGGCGGCGGCGGCGGCGGCCGUCCUCAUCCCGGCGGCCCAGCGCUCGAGUGGACGCGGGGGCUUCGCAAAUGGCUUGUCCCGCGCUCGGUCUGGAAGCUCUUCAGCCCCUGCAGCCCGAGCCGCCCCCCGAGCCCGCCUUCUCCGAGGCGCAGAAGUGGAUCGAGCAAGUAACUGGCAGAAGUUUUGGUGACAAAGAUUUUCGGACUGGAUUAGAAAAUGGAAUCCUUCUCUGCGAGUUGCUGAAUGCUAUAAAGCCAGGACUUGUUAAAAAGAUCAAUAGAUUGCCUACCCCCAUUGCAGGAUUGGACAAUAUUAUCUUAUUCUUGAGAGGUUGUAAAGAGCUCGGCCUCAAAGAAUCUCAACUGUUUGACCCGAGUGACCUCCAGGAUACGUCCAACAGAGUAACGGUCAAGAGCCUCGAUUAUAGUCGGAAGCUGAGAAAUGUACUAGUGACCAUUUAUUGGCUGGGAAAGGCUGCAAAUAGCUAUGCAUCCUACAGCGGAACGACUCUGAACCUGAAGGAGUUUGAAGGCUUGUGGGCUCAGAUGAGAAAGGAGACUGAUGACAUUGAGAGUCCUAAGCGCAGCAUCCGAGACAGUGGUUACAUCGACUGCUGGGAUUCGGAGCGCAGCGACUCCCUCUCUCCUCCUCGGCACGGUCGCGAUGACUCCUUCGACAGCCUCGAUUCCUUCGGCUCCCGUUCCAGGCAGACACCUUCGCCAGAUGUAGUGCUCAGGGGAAGCAGCGAUGGGAGAGGAAGCGACUCUGAGUCCGACUUGCCACAUCGGAAGCUACCAGAUGUGAAGAAAGAUGACAUGUCUGCACGACGGACUUCCCAUGGUGAGCCAAAAUCAGCAGUGCCUUUUAACCAGUACCUCCCCAACAAGAGCAAUCAGACGGCCUACGUCCCCGCUCCUCUGAGAAAGAAGAAGGCGGAGCGGGAGGAGUACAGGAAGAGCUGGAGCACUGCCACCUCCCCGCUGGGUGGUGAGAGGCCCUUCAGCUAUCCUGAAACAAUAGAGGAAGAGGGAAGUGACAUGGGGUCUCUGGGUGAAGAGGACCCAAUUGGCCAGAUGGACGCAGGUGGAAAUCCUUCUGAUGCCGGGUUAGAAUUACCCGACGGCAGUGGUAAGGGGCAGCCUCCUUCAGAGGGGACUACGGUGACACCCACGGCCAGGUCAGAAGAAAAAGAUGCUGCUGAAGUUCAAAAGCGCAGAAGGCUAGAGCAAGCAGGAAUCAAGGUCAUGCCAGCAGCACAGCGCUUUGCCAGUCAAAAGCAAUUGAGAGAAGAGAAGGACGCCAUUUGUGAUAUUAUCCUUCGCAAAGAGAACCCUUUCCUGACCCAUCAGCAUGGCAAAGAUUCUGAGUCAGAAGACGAAGUUGCGUGUCGACUGCCCGAUCUUGUGAAAGAUGACUUUGCUGCGAGGAGAGCAAGGAUGAACCAACCCAAGCCAACGGUGCCACUGAAUCAGCUCCUCUAUGGGCCUUAUAGAAAGAAAGAGGCAGAGACAUCAGAUGGCAGCAAACCCUCCAAAGGAAACUCAGAAAAGAAAAGCCUAGAAUAUAAAAGAAACCAGGGCAAAGCAGAAGAGCUGAAGUCAGUAGCGACCUGUAUUACGAGGGCCCAGGAGAGUGAACCAGUGGAAGAGGGAGGGAAGAAGGUGCCAGAUCUUUACAAGGACGACCUGGCCCAGCGGAGAAUUCAGGGCUGCCUUGGCCCUCACCGCGAGGCCCCAAGCUUCAUCAUACCCUCCAAGAUAACAGAAGCUGACUUGAAGACGUGGGAGAGACUGCAAGUGUCAGGAAAGACGAGGGACGGAGAUUCUCAGCAAAUCUGUGCCCCCGAGCCUCUACCAGAAAUUAAAGCAGAAACCGCCAUCCGCGAUGACUUUGCCAGCCGCAAAGCCAGGGCCUAUAAGAAAGCUUCCGGCCCAAGGCAAAAAUUUGUGCACUUCGGGCCGGUGACAGAGAUAGACCAGCAGAAGUGGAAGCGGCUCAGCAUUGGCAAGGCGGGGCCCCGGGAGGAGGUAGGAGUCGCCGGCCACAGCAGCAGGCUGCCAGCACACCCCGCAUCCCCUGCCUCAGCCGCCGGCCCUGGACUAAAGGAAGACCCAGUGCUCACUCGGCAGGAUGACUGCAGAAUAGUGAAUUCUGGCCUAGAUGACUAUUGCCAAAGGGACUCGAGGCUGGCUCCUGUGCCGGAGUCUCAGGAAGAGUGGGCCAGCAGUGUGGGCGAGUGCCCCGGGAACACGGAGGAAGUUACAUCCAAACCGGUGCCACAGGGUGGCAAAGAAGAAAAUGAAGGAGUUGCUCCAAGAGCAUCUGCGAUGUUGCCCGAGGCAGAAUGCCCGGCGGAGAGCAGCCAGCCCCUUGCCUGUCCUCUGGCCUCUGAGCGGGAGCCGGCAGGGGCUGAAGAGAAGGCGGAGGAGUCAGCAGCGCCUGCCUGGAGUGCCAGUGGACCGAAAGGCCAAGGAAAGCUCUCUGAGUCACAGAAAGAUGACACAAUGGCCAGGACAACUGGGGAGUCCCUGAGUCACCCUGGAUCCAGCCCAAACCAGUGCCUUCCGGUUCCAUUUGCAAAGCAACAGGAGGUCGAGGAAUCCGCUGAGGAUCCACCCGUGAAGGAUCGGAGAUACGGUCCGAGAACUCCUGUGUCUGAUGACGCAGAGAGCACGAGUUUGUUUGACAUGCGGUGCGAGGAGGAGGCCGCCGUGCUGCCGCACAGCAGGGCCCGCCAGGAGCAGCUGCAACUGAUAAACAGCCAGCUGCGGGAAGAGGACGACAAAUGGCAAGACGACCUGGCUCGUUGGAAGAGUCGUAGGAGAAGUGCAUCACAAGACUUGAUCAAGAAAGAGGAGGAAAGAAAAAAAAUGGAGAAGUUACUGGCUGGAGAGGAUGGAACCAGUGAACGAAGGAAAAGCAUCAAGACCUACAGAGAAAUUGUUCAAGAAAAAGAGCGGAGAGAGAGAGAGCUGCACGAAGCAUAUAAGAACGCACGGUCGCAGGAGGAGGCCGACGGGAUCCUGCAGCAGUACAUCGAGAGGUUUACCAUCAGCGAGGCUGUUCUUGAACGCUUGGAGAUGCCAAAAAUUCUGGAAAGAAGCCAUUCAACAGAGCCAAACUUAUCCUCCUUCCUGAGCGACCCCAACCCCAUGAAAUACCUGCGGCAACAGUCACUGCCUCCGCCCAAGUUCACUGCCACUGUGGAAACCACCAUCGCGCGUGCCAGUGCCCCGGAUGCCAGCACGGCAGCAGGCAGUGGGUCCCCCAGCAAAACUGUGACCCCCAAAGCAGUGCCUAUGCUGACACCCAAGCCUUACUCCCAGCCCAAAAACUCUCAAGAGGUUCUCAAGACCUUUAAGGUAGAUGGGAAAGUCAGCAUGAACGGAGAGACAGCCCACGGAGAUGAGGAAGAGAAGGGAAGAGAGUGUCCCACAGUGACACCUGCUGUCUCCUUAACCACGUCCCAGAUGUUUGAAGGUGUGGCCAGAGUGCACGGGUCACCAGUGGAGCUCAAGCAAGACAACAACAGCGUUGAGAUCAACAUAAAGAAGCCAAAUCCUGUUCCCCAGGAAGCGACAGCCACCACGGAGGAAACAGAACUGAACAGCCACGAAGAUGAGAAUGAUGGCGGAGAACCAGGAAGUGAGAAUGUAGACCUUGCCGCAUCAGAGCCUCAGCACUUUACAUCCACCGUGACUCGCUGCAGCCCCACGGUGGCCCUGGUGGAGCUGCCCUCCAGCCCCUCGCCCGACGAGAGAGGCCAGAAGAGCUCAGAAAAUGAAAUGAGCGGGAAGGUGGAGCUGGUGCUGUCUCAGAAGGUGGUAAAGCCAAAGUCCCCAGAACCAGAAGCUACCCUGACAUUUCCAUUUCUGGACAAAAUGCAUGAAACCAGCCAACUACAUUUGCCAAAUCUCAAUUCUCAAGAGUUGCCUGGCACUGCCAGUGUUCCCCUUAGAGUUCAGAACUCUUGGCGACGGUCCCAGUUUUUCUCCCAGUCAGAUUCUCCAAGCAAUGAAAAGUCACCUGUAACUACACCUUUUAAGUUCUGGGCGUGGGACCCCGAAGAGGAGCGCAGACGACAGGAAAAAUGGCAACAGGAGCAGGAGCGUUUGCUCCAGGAGAGAUACCAGAAGGAGCAGGACAAGCUAAAAGAAGAGUGGGAAAAGGCCCAGAAGGAGGUGGAAGAGGAAGAACGCAGAUACUAUGAGGAGGAGCGUAAGAUAAUUGAAGAUACUGUGGUCCCGUUUACUAUUUCCUCAAGUUCUGCAGACCAGCUGUCUACAUCUUCCUCUGUGACUGAAGGCAGUGGGACAGUGAAAAAGAUGGACUUGGAAAACUGUCAAGAAGAAAAAGAAGAGAGAAGACAGAAGGAACCGUUCCAGGGAGAUGACAAUGACUUAUUGCAUAAGACUAGAGGAUGUGACCCACUGGAGGAGAAGGGCAGCAGCCUAAUGCCAGAGGCCCCGGCUCAUUCUGAGAAUCCCACAUCCAAAGGAAUCCAUCAAGACCAUCAGCUGGGAGCAGAGGCCGGAGCCCUCAGCUGUGGGAUGAAUCCACAGCUGUCUCAGGAUCCAUCCCAGCAUCAGCAGGUGUCAAACCCACCCACGCACAUUUCAGAAGAUGUGAAGCCAAAAUCCCUGCCACUGGAUAGAAACAUGAGCCAUCAGAUUGAGUCUCCCACGGAAAGGCGAAAGAAAAGUCCUCGAGGAAGCUUCCAGGCUGGGUCCUUCUCGCCCUGCUCUCCCACCCCGCCCGGCCAGUCACCCAGCAGGUCGAUCAGCGGGAAGAAGCUGUGCUCUUCCUGUGGGCUGGCCCUGGGGAAAGGAGCUGCGAUGAUCAUCGAGACCCUGAAUCUGUAUUUCCACAUCCAGUGUUUCAGGUGUGGAAUUUGUAAAGGACAGCUUGGAGAUGCCAUGAGCGGGACAGAUGUUAGAAUCCGAAAUAGUCUUCUAAACUGUAACGACUGCUACCUGCGAUCCAGAAGUGCUGGCCAGCCCACAACCUUGUGACGUGGUAUUCGAGCUUCCAGACCACUCGCCAUUUCUUUAUUGAGGGUGUCCCCUGGCAAUCUCUUAACAAAUUCCCAACUUCAGGGGCUUCUUAGCAUUCAUCUAAUUCCUGAAAGGCUCUUCUAAAAGGGUGGUAUCUGUUCUUUUGUAGCAAAGUGUUCUUUGUGUGUGUGUGUGUGUUCUUCCUGGUUUUAUUUUUUUUUCCUUCUUCUUUUUGCAUUUGCACAGUAUAUCCAAGAGAAUAUUGCAUUGUAAUGAUCCUGAAUAGUUUGAAAAGAGGUUUUAGCAUCAAACAGGUGACACAGGCUUACAGUUUAAAAUAUGCUAUUCUCUCCUCUGGGAAUUAGCAAAAACGAUGCAAUAAACCUGUUUUUGUUUUAGCAUUUCUAGGAGUUAAACACUUUAUGUUUACAGAAUUGAACCGCAGAAAGUGUGCGACAUGCCAAUUUGAGACGUGGUCUGCUAAGACAGGAGCAGAAGUGGAGUACAUUUCAGAAACUGCACGUCACAGCGAGCUCUGUCUCAGAGCUGUAACUUGUUUUUAAUGCAAAGAUGCUAGUCUGAUAAUAUAUACUGUAAUCCUGAAACAUUUGUGCUACUUACCUUUUGAGGUAGAAGUUAUACCAAUAAAUUAUUGCACUGUUAGUCUUAGAUUUUUGUGUACCUUAGAAGUUAUGUCAUUCAUAUAGGCUUGUCCAUCAGGUAAAGAGAACCCUUGCAAUAUCAGCUAGAUGUACACUCUGGGACAUUGCCCGAGGGUAGGAAGAAACCAGAGGGAAAUGUUUCUGUCUUCAUCUCCAAAGUCAUUGCCAAGAUCUGUGUGAGAGUUUAACCAUCAAAAGCGUGGUGGGUGAGUGAGAGCAUGAGGCCUGGCUGGCCGGCGUCUCUGCAGGCACUAGAUCGUCUUCAAUGAGACUGUCAGUACGAGGCAUGUGGACCAUGAGGCAUGGGGAAGGUCCAUCAGUAGGUGUGACACCGCUCUCACCCUUCUCUGCAAAUUCCGCGUGAAGCAAACCGAUCUCCAGAGGGAAAUAUUCAGUCCACCCGAGUAGAAUCCAGAUGGCAAAUGAUGUGAUAAGCCAGUGGUGUGUGAGCCGAAGAACCCACAGCUCAGACUGGGCCCUGCGCGCUCACGGAUACACACUGUCCUUCCUUCUCCCGCGGCCCGCCCUCACUAUCCGGAAUUCUGGACCUUGGCCGUGGAGAAGUCCAGAGAGGACCUCUUGUGGAGAAGCUGGUCUGUCUUCUGUCCUGUGUGACGUGCUUCCAUUGCACAAGAAAGGAAUCAAGUUCCCAAAGAGCUUCACAGUUGAGAUCCUCCAGGCUGGUUUCUUAAGACUGGGGAAAGGGGAACUAUUUAUUCUGCCUUAAAAUGAUGGCAAGUAAGUGAAGAUGUCACUUCAUGAAUGUAGACUGUGGAUACACUCCUAAUAGGUUGCUGUAGUCGUAAAAGGAGAUCAAGUAGAUGUUCUGUUAUGUAAGCAAUAAUUUGUUUUCUGUCUUAUCGAGUGUGGCUAGCAAUUAUUUAUUUCCAUGCUAGACAAUUCUUUGCAUGUGAGUUCCACAUAGGUGCGGGGAUUUCCUCAGCCACUGGAGGUAUACUGACCGUUUUGUCAUUUGGACAACCGUUAUUAGAUUGGGAUUUACACAUCAUUUCAUUAAAACUUGUGCCUUAGAAAAUGCAAAGCUGUUGCACACAGUCAGUGAUGAAUUAUGGAUGCAGUGCAUUGAAGAGAGAUGAAGUCACUUCCAAGUUCCCACGACUUCUCAUGGAGGUGUUUGCUGUUUUACAGGAAAAAAAAAUUCUAAAAAAAAAGAAAAAAUAUUAAAAAAGAAAAAAAAAGUUUUGGAAAUGUACAGAUUAAGUCUGAUAUUUUGAUUAACCACCUGCAUGUUUUAUUAAAUAUUUUGAUAACGUGGAUGUUUACACUUUGCAUGAUAGUAGCAGAGUAUUUCACCACCAACAAUGCACAAAACAUGUACAAUAUGGCCAUUCAUAACCGAUUUUUAUAGAAUACUUUUUACAUGUGGAACUCCAUCCGUUAUGUAAGGAUCACAUGAAUAUUGCACAUUCUCUUCUGGUUUCACAAGCCCAUUUAUACAUAUUUCUUAGUGAGACUCAUUGUACAUGUAUUGAAGCUAGAAUUGAGUCAAGAAAAAUAAAGCCCCAUUCUCCAACUGCAAAAUAUGCUUUCCCAUAAUGAACAGUAGUCACCAGCACAGAAUAAUAUCCAACAUUUUCUAAAUUCUAAUUGCCAACUGUUUCUAUUUCUAUUUGAUUUAUAUUUCAUUUGGAGUCUGUUACAUGGCAGCCUGGGCAGACUGGAUCUUACGUUUUCCAAAGAAGCAUAAUGACUAUGAUCUAUUUCUUCUCAAAUAAUCUUUGAGAUCCCAGGGAAAAAAAAUGUUCUGCUCUGCUGAGCUAUAAUGUGAAUGUGUUUCUUUAGAAGACAGAUGAGGCAAGUAAGUGAUUUAUUGUUCCUAAGGAAGUAUAUCUGAUUUUUUUUCUCAUACUCCAAAAGCUAGUCCCUUCUCUUUUUAAGGGAAAAAAAAAUGGGUAACUCUCUUUUUCGCUAGCAAACUUUCAUGAUAUUUCCUCAUGCUUUCUAUGUAGUGUUAGUAAUGCAAUACAUAUUCUAGUUAUCUAUACACCGUGUAAGAUUUAACAAACUGAAAUGAUCCAGCUCAGCUCAUACGUGAGGCCGUCCAAAAGAUGUUACUGCUCUGGGUGGGCCAGUGUUCUGUAUCAGUUACACUAACUUUCAUUGAAAAUAUUUAUUCUAAAAUGCCUCUGAGACACAGUAAAAAAAAAAUAAAAAAUAAAAAGUUGUCUAAAAAUGCAACAGCUUUUAUAGUAAAUGUACAUUUAUAAAUAAAAUACUCAAAUCAA